UUUGGUUGCACAUAGGCUGCAGUUUCAGUUUGUUUUAUUCACCAUUUUGAGUAGCUGAAGGCACACAAAAAAUAAGAAUAUUAGCGUUUGGAGGACACAUCGGUGCAGUACUUUUAUUUUUACGCGCUCGCUCGCACGGUGGAGUUGUGCUCCAACCUCGGGGUUUUUUUUUUGCAGAGCGGGAAUCUAUAUUUCUUUUUUUCCCUUCUCCCCCUGUGUGCUUCUUCCCCCUUUUUUCUUACAUCCUUUAACCUCUACAGUAUUCCUGCAAAAUGUCAAGACCAGUGAGGAACAGGAAAGUGGUGAACUACUCACAAUUCAACGAGUCUGAUGCAGAUGAGGAGUAUGGGGAGAAUAAGCCUAAGAAGGUGCGUGCCCCUCCACGUGAGCCCAAGCACAAACGCGUAAAGAACUCACAGGAUGACAGCGAGGAGUCUGACGAGAAAGUCACUAAACCCAAAAAUGACUCAGCAGAUGACUUUGGCAGCAACGAGGAAGACAACGAAUUCGCAGAGGAGGAAGGAUCGGAUGAGGACGGAGGAAGUGACUACGAAGAAAAAAAAGGCAAAAAGGGAAAGAAAGCGAAGGUGGAGAAGCCCGCCAAGAGAGGGCCGAAGAGAAAACGGCCUGCAGAUGACAGUGACGAUGAGAAGGAAGUGAGUCGAAAGCGUACCGUGCGCCAGGCGGCCUCCAAGGCGGUGUCCAAACAGAGGGAGAUCAUUCUGGGAGACGCAGGCAGCGAGGACGAGGAGAAGGAGGACCAGGAGGAAGCCUACGAACGACCAGUAUCUGACGAGUCUGGCAGCGACGAGGACUUCACGGUGGAGGACGACGAUGACAGCGAUUACGGGCGCUCCAAGAAGAAGGGCAAGAAGGUGAUCCGAAGGGGAAGGCCGGAGAAGAAGGAGAAGAAGAGCCCCAAACCCAGACUAAAGGCCACAGUGACCCCCAGCCCGAUGAAAGGAAAGGGGAAGGGGCGUCCCAGCACCAAGACCGUGGAGAAGAGCUCACCCAAAGAGGAGGAAGAGGAGGAGCCCGAGAGCCCCCUGGAGGAGGAAGAAGAGGAGGAAGAGGAGAAGAAGGAGGAGAAGAAGGCCGCCGUGAAGAAGGAGACUUCCCCCGCCCCCAAGAAGACGAAGGAGGCCGAGGAGGAGGAAGACGAAGAGGAAGAGGACGGCUCAGAAGAGGAGGCGCCUUCCGGAGAAGACUAGACGAAGAUGGUACCCCCCACCCCAAAAAACCUCCCCGCCAACCUGAAGCCCAUCGUCUCUUUCUCCGUCUCUUCUCAAAGUUUUGUUGCUCUGCGUUUAGAGGUUGUUUUAUUUUGACUUUUUUGUUUCUCUCCUGGUGGCCUGGCUCAACGGUUUGGACUUCUUUCGUGUGCUUUUGUAUUGGUUUUGCUUCUCCCCACCCCCCCCCCCCCCCCCCCCGAGCGAGCGAGCAUCCGUCCUGAUUGUGAAACAGAUCCAUUCGCUUGUUUUUAGUUAUUUUAUUUGUUCUCGCUCACUGAUACCUGCGAUUACUGAGCGUAUUGUCACACAGCUUCUCAGUAUCAGCUACUAAAGCGCUGUAUUUACAAAGCUUAAGUCGACACACACCGAGCCGGAAAGCCUUCUAUUUGGUACUUGUGUGCUUUUUAAAACCAGGAGCAUGUUUUAACACGGGAGUUUGGUUUUAAAACCUAUUUUUAAUUUCAUUUUUUUUUUUUUUUUUUAAACGUCUCCCUGCUUCUUUUCUCUUGGUGACCUUUAUUUGUUGCGUGGCUGCUGCUCCAUCAUUUUCAACGCGUUAUCUUAGACCGGCGGAGUGUUUUACUUCACACACCGUGACAUGUUUCAAGCCAGCAUGUGAGUUAGUGUUUUAAGUACUCGAUGAAAUGCUUCUUUGGGGGGGGGGCCUUCCUGUUCAGCUGCCUAUGUUAAACGGUUGCUGUUGUUCUAUGUUUGGCUUUCUAACGAUGCAGCGCUUUACGUGCAGAAACCCCCCCGCCCCCCAUUAACCCCUGCAUGGCUACAGCAGCUUCUCAACAUUUCAGCCCCUUGUGCCAGGCACCACCCUUUUUAUUUUUUCUUGAAAUGCAAGAAGAGAUGUUUGGGUUUUAUUUAGUUUUUUGUUUUUGAGAGAUCAAAAAAAUGAAUGUUUUUUCUCCUGUUGUUCUAAUUCUCUAUUCAGAUUUUUUUUUUGUAAUGUUUGUUUUGUAAGAAAAGAAAUAAAAUGUAUCUUGAUUUUUAAAGAAAAAAGUCGACCCUAUCCAAUCUGUUGUGAACGGCCUUCCCUUUAUUUCCUCCUCCUGUAUUCUCACUCGGCUUACUGUUUGUAUCCUUGUGUUUUUCAGGGCAUUUGUUUGCCCCCGUUACUUCACAUGCGGGAUACAUUUUUUACCGUACUAAGGCUCGGAGAAGAUUUAAAUAAAGGUGGCAGCUCGGUCUUUAUCCAGCA